AUGGGCGACUCGACUCCCGCGACUUCGGCUCCCCAGCCCACCACUGCGUCGCCAGCAGCAGUUGCUGCCCAGCCGCAUUUCCAGAAUGCAUCGCAGACCCCCGAGCAGUCGACAACCUCGACCACCUCGUCUGCUGCCCAGGCGCAAGCUCAGGCCCAGGCCGCCGCCGCCGUCGCCGUAGUCGGCAACCAGAACGGCAGCAGCGAGGACUUUGUCUGCAUGUGGCAGGGCUGCAGCGAGCGCUGCACCAAUGCCGAAGCUCUCUACGAACACGUCUGUGAGAGACAUGUUGGCCGCAAGUCGACCAACAACCUGAACCUGACCUGCCAGUGGGGCAACUGUCGCACCACCACGGUCAAGCGCGACCACAUCACCUCGCACAUCCGCGUGCAUGUGCCGCUGAAGCCUCACAAGUGUGAUCUCUGCGGCAAGGCGUUCAAGCGGCCCCAAGAUCUGAAGAAGCACGUCAAAACCCACGCCGACGACUCGGUGCUCAUCCGCUCGCCGGGCCCGCCUGACACGAGGGGGCAGGAUGCGCCUUUUGGUAUGGUCAACAAUCCAAAGGGAUUCCCCACCGGUGGUCACUACUUUGAGCAGCCAAUGAACCCGGUCCAUGCCGGCCAAAACUAUCACCAGCCGCCGCAAUACUACCAGGGCCAACCACACCCACAGCCCAAUCCCGCAUAUGGAAAUGUCUAUUACACGCUCAACCAGGGCGACAACCCCUCCAACUAUGAUUCUCGCAAGCGCAUCUAUGAGUCGGUCAACGAGUUCUUUGGCGACACCAAGCGCAGACAGUUUGACCCGACCUCGUAUGCCGCCAUCGGACAGCGCCUCGGCGGAUUGCAAGGCUUGCAAUUGCCCAUGAGCACCGGUCCUGCUCCCGAAUUCCAUGCCAUGCAGGGAGCGGUUGGCGUCGCUCAUGCUGGUGGAUAUGGACCGGCAUUGGCCGCGCCCGCGUACCAUUUGCCUCCCAUGUCGAAUGCGCGCACAAAGCACGACCUGAUUGAAUUGGACCGCAUGCUCGACACCAUCCACACCACGGUUUACGAAAAUGACGACCACGUCGCUGCGGCAGGCAUCGCGCAGCCCGGCGCUACCUACAUCCCUCGCGCAAACUACGGCACUACCCACCAUUCGCCGCCAGUACAACUACCUUCCAGCCACCUGACAGCAACGACGACAAACACGACGAAUGCAUCCAUCAUUGCAGCCAGCUCACCAGGCACGACGCCCGCGCUGACUCCGCCGUCUAGCACUGUAUCAUACGCGUCUAGCCAUUCGCCCGGCUCCUACUCGCAUCGCGUCUCGCCGCCGCACCAGGAAAUGGCCAUGUACCCGCGUCUGCCUUCGACGAGCGCACACGACAUGGCCGCUGGCUAUGUCGCAUCGGCAAAUGCCGCGCCUCCGUCAACACUCAGCAACAACGGCGAUUACAACGACCGCCGACGCUGGACCGGUGGUGUCCUCGAGCGCAGCCGACCAGACGACCUCCCCAAGGCGGCAGAUUUCGAGGACCGCGAACGCACUCCUACUGGCAAGGAGGAAGAAGCUAAAAGUCAAAAAUUCCACAACAGUCUUAUUGAUCCUGCAUUGCAAGCUUCUGUUUCUGCUUCUUCUCCUUCGUCUUCGCCUUCUGCUUCCUCUACUCCAGACGCCGAGGCUGCGAAAAAGACUGCCACUGAUGCAGCAAAGAGAGCGGAAGAGGAAUGGCUCGAAAACGUGCGCAUCCUCGAGCAGUUGCGAGCAUACGUCAAAGACCGCCUCACGCGUGGCGAUUACGAGAGCCUCGAGGCAGCCGGUGCGCACAGCGACAAGCGUCCUGCGUCGGCGGCUGGCUCGGACCAGAUGGAGGGUGUGGAACAGAGUUUAAAGUCUGUGAAUGUUAGUAGUACUGAUGAUAACCCGACAGAGCCGACAGAAGGGGCAGCUCUUUAUCCGACGCUGAAGAUGGAAGAUGAUGGGGACUCCAGGAUGGAGUAA